AUGCUGGUCCAACCGUAUCAACUCUCGGCAACUGACGUGGCCGUCAAGAUCCGAGAUGGCCAGCUUACGGUUGAGGAGUAUGCACAGUCGCUCCUGGCACGCAUCAAAGAGCGAGAUCCUAUUGUGAAGGCAUGGGCUUACAUCAAUCCCGAUCAAGUGCUUGAACAAGCUCGAAAGUUGGAUGCUGUCCCCAAAGAAGAAAGAGGACAUUUGCAUGGUGUUGCGAUUGCCGUCAAGGAUGUCAUCUACACGAAGGAUAUGCCAACGCAGUUCAACUCACCCAUCUACAAAGACGAUGCCCCCCAAGUCGACGCAGCCAGCAUCAUCAUUCUCCGAAAAGCCGGUGCGCUCAUCUUAGGCAAGACGACCACUACUGAAUUCGCAGCCACCACCCAAGGACCUCAAACAACAAACCCUCACGACAGUUCCCGUACACCUGGAGGCUCAUCAUCAGGAUCUGGAGCAGUAGUAGCAGACUUCCAAGCUCCAAUCAGUCUUGGGACACAGACUGGAGGAAGCACCAUCCGCCCAGCAUCUUUCAACGGUAUCUAUGGAUUCAAGCCGACAUGGAACUCAAUCUCAAGGGAAGGGCAGAAAGUCUUCUCGUUGAUUCUUGAUACACUAGGCAUUUACGCGAGGAGCGUGGAGGAUCUGAACUUACUCGCUGAUGUAUUCGCAUUGGAAGAUGAUGUGUCGCCCAACCAAGAGUAUUCCAUGGAAAACGGGAGAUUCGCUGUUUGCAAAACAAUGGUUUGGGCGCAAGCAGGUCCUGGCCUAGUCAAAGCAAUGGACAAAGCAGUUGAACUCCUCCGCUCAAGCGGCGCCACGGUUGACGAGAUUGACUUUCCUGAAUAUCUCCAAGAUCUACCAAAAUGGCACUCCGUCGUCCUCAACACGGAUGGAAGAACUGCUUUCUUACCAGAGUAUAGGGUUGAUAAGACCCAAAUUGCAGAUCAGCUGGUUGGACAUGUUGAGAACCGUCUCAAGAUCUCUAGAGCUGUACAGGUUAAGGCAUUUGAUGAUAUUGCAGCGGCGAGACCGGUUGUCGAUGAUAUGUUGGGUAAGUAUGAUGCUGUGUUGGUACCGAGUGUACCGGAUGAAGCGCCGAAGGGUAUCGAAGCAACUGGAAGUGCUGCGUUCAAUUUGAUAUGGACAGCACUGCAUACUCCAGUCAUCAACAUUCCCGGAUUCGCUGGUGAAAACGGAAUGCCGAUCGGUUUGUCUCUCGUUGCACCUAGGUAUCACGACAGAAAGCUUCUGGUAGUGAGUCAAGCCGUAGGAAAGCUCUUUGAGGCAUCAGGAGGAUGGAAGUCACAGAUAGCUUAG